AUGGAUACCUUCCCUCAUUUGCCCUCGCGCCAUAAAAUUAGGCCGAGCGAUGAUGUAUCUGCUUACGAGCCAUUCAAGACUAGCCAUGAACACCGCGGACUUGGCACACCCACCCAGAGACGACUUUGCGACUUGUCAGAGAUCGCAGCACUGGUAUUGAGCUUUUGCUGUAGUAUCGCUGGUCUCAUCUGUUGUUUUCAUCCAGCCACUGCAGCAACCCUACAGCAAAAGUACCAGCUUAUCGUCGUUGGCUUGAUGCUUUCGCUCAUGGACUUCUGCACCGCCAAAUUGUCAACGAUUGUCUUCUUGCAACUUGAGACACGAUGGGCAAGUCUGUUGCAAAAUGACGAUUCCAUUAUUAAGAAGAGUAUUCUGGGAAGCCUUCUGAACGGGCGACGGGGGAGUCAACGAUGGACACUGCUUCUCUCUGCAUCUCUUGCGUUCCCAUUACUUCUUAGCGUUAGUUACAAGAGCUUUGUUGGUGGAAAGGUCACAAAUGAAGUGCAUGCCAGCGGCGGCCAAUAUGGUAUCACUGGCCCUGUCGGAAUUGCCAACUUUGCCUCUGGAGCUUCUCUCAUGGUCAACGCUACGAUCCUCUUCAUGUUUAACAAUGUGACCAAGUUACCCCCUCAACCACAACCCUUUGGUUUCGAUAUGCUCCUACUCAAGGAUUAUACCAUAAGAGUUGCCAUGUUGGACGGACCAAGUCCAUCUUACGUCAAGAGCAUAAGGGCUGAGCUUCAGGGCCAACAGUCAUACACCGUGUCUGCUGACGUCUUUGGCUUAGCUUGGCAUCUCGACCACGAAGCUGACAAGCAGCGCAAUAACGAUCCGUGGUGGAACAACCUUUUUGAAUCAAGUGAUGACGAUGCGCCACAGAACAUAUCUCUUUAUAAAGAGGAGAAGUGGCUGUCGACCCUAUGGCCUCAAGGUCAAGUGGACCAGUUCUUCGUCCUCCUUACACCGCAUGUCGGGCAUUCGAAAGAGCUUAGGAAGAUUGAACCCUCAAAGGAAAGGUUUCAAAAUGAGGCACUCGAGUUCACAAGCCAACGGCUUAACUGUCACGGGAAGUCGAAGAUUGCUGCCAAUUCGGUCAACCUUAUCGAGGGCAGCUGCGGUGAAAGUUUUGUGGAAGGAUUCCCGGAUGGCUGUAGACAUCUUCAUUUGAAUGAUGCCAGGUACUUGCUCAGCGACUUUGUCAGUGACUUGCUUACGGCCAAUCUGGAUGAAGCAGCUCAGAUAAAGUUCACGGCUGUGGUGUCAUCUCUUCUUUGGUCUCGACUGGCCGCCUUCUGUGGCAUUGGCUCGCCAGUCAACGACUUGGAUCCUAAAGAUCGUGAACGAUUCGAGUACUAUCGGCCUGAUAAAGCUUGGAAGACUGUCACGGUACUAAAAAGGUCUCCUCUACUUGCUAUUGUUCUGCUAGCUCAGCCUACUGUCGGUCUGGUACUUCUUAUUGUACGCAUCGUAUUUUGUUCGUCGCCUGUAUCUGGGGGUUUUGGCCUCAUCAGUGUUUUGGCGGGACAUAGACCUGAUGAGGGCGAUAUUCUGAGGGGUGUAGGGUUAUCUGGAGACGUCAAGGAACGCAUUGAGCUGGUUUUCGACGAGCAUGGUGACUUGUGCGAUGACGGAGGCGAGAGGCUUCGUUUUCGGCUGAGGGAAGCAAGGAGCUCGAUGCAUCAUCACCGAAGUGAGCUGAAGCCUAGAGUCAACUACCAUUGA